AUGUGGGCAUUUCCUUGCAAAUAUCUUCAAGGAGACCUAGGCAACUGCGACAUACCAUGCCCCUUCGUGCUACGACCUGUCUGUGGCAGCGACGGAGUUACCUACGACAACGACUGCAUUCUGGACAACGCCAUUUGCCGAGACCCAACGCUCUUCAAGGAGCAUAAUGGGGGAUGCGACUGUAACAGGCCUUGUCCCUUCGUGCUACGACCUGUCUGUGGCAGCGACGGAGUCACCUACGACAACGACUGCCUCCUGGACGUCGCCAUUUGCGGAGACCCAACGCUCUUCAAGGAGCAUAAUGGGGGAUGCGAUAUAAUCUAUCAGGUUGUGGUCCACUUUCUUAUUCUCUUGAAGGGAUCACUUAUCAAGGUUAUAUUCAAGUAUGCAGAGGAGCACUGCGACUGUAACAGGCCUUGUCCCUUCGUGCUACGACCUGUCUGUGGCAGCGACGGAGUCACCUACGACAACGACUGCCUCCUGGACGUCGCCAUUUGCGGAGACCCAACGCUCUUCAAGGAGCAUAAUGGGGGAUGCGGAGUCCGAGACAACUGCGACAGACCAUGCCCCUUCGUGCUACGACCUGUCUGUGGCAGCGACGGAGUCACCUACGACAACGACUGCCUCCUGGACGUCGCCAUUUGCCGAGACCCAACGCUCUUCAAGGAGCAUAAUGGGGGAUGCGAAGACUGUAACAGGCCUUGUCCCUUCGUGCUACGACCUGUCUGUGGCAGCGACGGAGUCACCUACGACAACGACUGCCUCCUGGACGUCGCCAUUUGCGGAGACCCAACGCUCUUCAAGGAGCAUAAUGGGGGAUGCGGAGUCCGAGACAACUGCGACAGACCAUGCCCCUUCGUGCUACGACCUGUCUGUGGGAGCGACGGAGUCACUUACGACAACGACUGCCUCCUGGACGUCGCCAUUUGCCGAGACCCAACGCUCUUCAAGGAGCAUAAUGGGGGAUGCGGUGACUUCGACCUCGACCUGGACUUCGCCUUCGCCUUCGACAUCGCCUCCGAGUGCCCCCUGCUUGACGCUCCAGUCUGCGGGAGCGACGGCGUGACGUACCCUAGCGAGUGCUUCUUGGAACUGGCCAUUGCACAGAACCCCGAGAUAUUUAAGGUCGGCGAUGGCGAUUGCGGAUGCUACCAGGAGUGCGACCCGCAGCUGAGUCCCAUCUGCGGCAGUGACGGAGUGACUUACGGCAACCAGUGCCUUUUCGAGUCCGCGCAGUGCCAGGACAGUGACCUACGAAAAGUGGCUGAUGUGUCCUGUGGUUCGUAG